AUGAUGAUGAUACUUAGGACAGAUGAUGGUACUUUGAAAAAGAAUGAUGAUGAUUUUGAUGGUGAUGAUGAUGGUCAGAUGAUAGUACUUAGAGAUGAUGAUGAUGAUGACGAUGAUGAUGAUGUUGAUGGUGCUGAUGAUGAUGGUGGUGCUGGUGGUGGUGCUGAUGGUGAUGGACUUCCUCCCCGAAGCGGUGCCAGUCGACCGACUCGACAAAGUUGA